AUGUCUAUCAUCCCAGUGGGCCUGAGCCCAACCUGCUUGACUGUCCAGGACCAUAUCCUUGACCCUCAUAUCCGCUUGGCUCAACCAGGCAUGGCAGAUACAUCCAAUAGUGAUGUGAUACUCCGUCAACCCCCCCAAAUAUUCCCAAUUCAAAUCCCGGAGCACCUGAAUCUGUUCAACGUGAAUCAACUCGUCUCCGCACACCAAUGUCUUGACCUGGGUUCAUACCUACCUCAUCCGACUCUUGCCGGGCUGUUGUUCCCCCCCCCCCCCCCAAAGAAAACUAAGUCAAAGCAACCAUCUGCCGCCGUGGUCAUUGAAGAUGAAUCAGCCUCCAAACCCGAAGAGACUACUACCCAAGCUAGGAAAAAACCUCAACGAAAGGAUCAAUCACAGGUUUUUGCAGGUGUCAAACAAGUCGCCAGCCGCACUGUAAAACAAUCGCCUCCAACCAAGACUCAAGUUAUCUUCACGGCUACAAGAAUAAAAACGAUGGUGCUAUCAACUCUGUUGGCUCGAAUUUCAGACGGCUUGCCUCUGGCUGCAUCGGUAGAUGACGAACAAACCGAAAAUGAUCUUUCUGAGUACAGGCAACAGGCAAAGUUAAUCUUCAGGCGGUUAAACGAAACCAGUGAAACUAGGUGUAGCAUUGAAAGUGGGAAGUAUACUCUUCAUUACGUCAUAUCAAAUGCAGUUGUUUACCUGUGCAUCGCAGCCAAAUCGUAUCCAAGGAAAUUGGCGUUUUCCUAUCUGGACGAGCUGUCUAAGGAAUUUGAACGAUCAUAUUCUUCUGAAUUGUCAAAACCCAAUCUCCGACCAUAUGCAUUCGUGAAAUUUGAUACAUUCAUCCAACGGACCAAAAAGUUGUAUCAAGACACUAGGACACAAUCCAACCUGGAUAGGCUUAAUGAAGAUUUGGGAGAAGUGACGAGAGUCAUGACGAAGAAUAUGGAAGAUUUAUUAUGGAGAGGCGAUUCACUUGAUCGAAUGUCCACAAUGUCUUCUUCACUAAGGGAUGAGUCAUUGAAAUAUAGGAAAGCCGCUCGACAAAUUAACAUCGACGCAUUCUAUCGAAAAUGGGCUCCUGUCGGUGUCAUUGGGAUUAUGUUUCUUUUUGUUGUUUGGUGGCGCUUUUGGUAG